AUAUACAUUACACCAGCAUAACUGAGUACUAAGAGUAACCUCAAGUAGUUUUUUUCUAAAUUAUUAAAUUUUCUAUGAACUAAACAAAUAAAUAGUCUACUAUCCUUAUGAUAAAAAAAAAUUCUACAAUAAACAUCAAAAAUUUAUAACGCCUAGAAAUAAUUAAUUUAAAAAACAAUGGGAUGCGUAAUUGUACUGCAAGUAAGAUGAAUUAGUAAUGCUUCCAUCGACUGGUUAUUUUAAAUCGAUUACUUGUCCGUUUUAUGACAACGGUUCUUGUGAUAGACCCUACUGUCACUUUAAACAUUUACGUCGAGAAGAUGCCUCAUCAGUGUCAGCAUCAGUCGUGUCAUCAUUGGAUUCACAGUCAGAGAGGAAUCAAAAAAGAGGAACCUCCGCCAGUACUAGCACCACCAUCUCAUCCUCCAUCAACUCAUCUAGCACUAACAAUUUACAAUUAACUAAUUCAAUUACAACAACAGAUUCACAGACGAUACAACAACUUGUUACAGAAGCUGUAACAAAAGUUUUAGCUGAUCAGAAUGUCAGUAAUAAAGAACAAGUAUCCGAAACUAUAGUAUCAAAAGUUGUUGAAGGUCUUAAGCCGACAUUAACUUCAAAGACCAUAGGUAAACAUAUCGGUGUGCCACAGUUGAUAUCAAAGCCACCAUGUGUUUACAAUCCAACACCUAUUUCCGAAUUAAAGAAACGUCAUAUUGCUGUACCUGUUUACAUGCCAACUAGAGAAAGUAAAGUUGCUGUAAAAAGAAAAACAUCUGAUGAUGGUGUUAAACCAUGGCUAAGUAAUCUACCUGAUUCUAUAAAAACAAAACCUACUGAAAUAACAUACAAACCUACAGCUAUUAAUACAAUAAAUGCUCUGAAUGACAGUAAUAAAGAUAAAUUAUCUGAUAACUGUUAUGUACCAACAUCUAAAAGUCAAUCAACAUUAAAUUAUGAUAAUCAUUCAAAUAAUUAUGGUAGUCAUAAAAGUAAAAAAGAAGCUUAUUAUCCAAAACCUAAGAAACGUCGUGAAGAAUAUGUACCGAAGAUGGUUAAAGCUCCAUUAAAAUCAUUGGAACAAUUAAAUGAUUGCAGUAUUGAUGAAUUUGAACCAGAAUUUAAUAUGCUAGAUGAGAUAUUAAUAUCUGCUAGUAGUAAUACACAUCAGUUAAAUUACAAUCCUAUGAAAAGUUAUUAUACUAUCGAGCCGAAAUUUUCCGAUGAUGAAAAUGAAGAUACUGGUGGUGAUGUAAAUACUGGUAAUAAAGUUAAUAAUUCAACCAAAGAAGUACAAAAAACACCCGAUAAGACUAUUUGUAAUGAUAAAAAAAUUGUUGUUAAUGAAAAUGAUGUAAAAAAUAAUAAAUUAUCCAGUGAAUUGGAUAAUGAAUUAAAUAUUGAAGAUAUUGAUAAUAAUGAAUCACGUAAAAAUUGUGAUGAUAAAAAAGUUGUUAAUAAAACUAAUGAUGAACGAAGUAAAGAACGUAGUAGUCAUAGUAAAAGUAGUAGUAAUAGUCGUAGUAGUAGUAGUAGAAGUAAAAGUAGUAGUAGUAAGAGUGAUAAUAAUAAAGAAAAAAAUGAUAGAAAAGAUGAUAAAAAAAGUACGAGUUCGAGUGAUCGGCAUCGAUCGUCAAGUAAACGAAGUGAUAAGUCUAGCAGUAAAGACAGUAAAGAAAGUAAACAAAGUUCUUCCAGGAGUAAAGAUAAGUCGCGGUCGCAUCGUGAUCGUGAAAAGAGUUCGAGCUCAAAGGAAAAUGAUAGGCAUCAUCAUAAGUCUAGUAGACAUGAUAAACACGAGUCUUCCAAGUCUGGAGAUAAAAAAAAGAGCAAGAGUAAUAGCAAUAGUAAUAGUAGUAAUAAAAGUAAUGAUGAUACACAAAAUCAUAAAUCGAGUGAAGUUGAUAAAGUAAUAGAUAUUGAUUCGGAUAAUGAUGUUGCAAAUAAUGAAUUUGACCAUUCGGGUUUUAUUAAUGAAGAUGAAUUGAUGGAAACAAGUGAUUCUGAUCAUGACGUUGAGGAAGAAUGUCUUAAAAUUUUUCAGGAAUAUCAAGAGAGUGAUCAUCCAAAAGGUGUCACUACUAAAAAUGAAACGAAAGCUGAUCAUGAAGCUGAAGCUGAAGAAAUUGGUAAGAAACGUGUCGCGCAUCCUCUAGCUGCCAGUACUGUUGUUCGAAGUCAUCUGCCAAGUCAACCAUUAAAACGAUUACCUAAUCCUCAACAACGAAUGUAUGAACGCUGGAAAUUGAUGCGUGAAGCCACGGCUGAUAAAGCUGUAGGCAAAGCUGCUAGAGUCCCGGUUGCUGCUGACAAAGAUUUAUUUGGUAGUUCUGUUGCGGGAGAAAAAUCACAAGUUAAUGGAACUAAUCGUAUAAGAAUAGCACCGGUAUCCAAUGUUAAGUCUUUAGAACAAGCUAAGAAAAAAGUGUUAGAGUCUGUUGCAAAAGUGUCUGCGGAAUCAAAAACAGUGGCACAGACUCGAAAAGGUGCACGUGUCGCUCAUAUUCCACAAGUAGUACCACAACUGAUACGUCCAGAGCCACUGCAAGUAACGACCCAGAAAUUUCCCCUGAAUAUUCGUCAGUAUUACGUGAAUCUUAUGCAUGAUAUUUGUAUACAAAUAUAUACAAGUGGUGAGGACGCAGCGCAACGUGCAUUACGUGAAGAGCUGGCCUGUCACGAGCGUUGCAAAGCCUUAACGGUCUACAAAAAUUCUUGUAUGUUGGCUGCGCACAGAUUGAGAAAGGAAGUAGAUCAAAAUAGUAGUACAUGUGGUGGUGAUGAUGAUUCAAUGCCAUCGAGUAGUGGAAUUGUUUCACAUGAUGCUGUACUUGCUGGUAAAAGUAAAGGAUCAUGGAGUGUUGUUAAAUCGAAAAAAAUAAUAACUGAUUUUAAAGGCUCUGCGCUUUAUAAUGUUCUUAAAAAAUGGAUUAUGACUGAACAACAGCUCAGAGAUAACGGUUUCCCACGACCUCAUCCUGACAAAACAAAAGGACGAGCUAAAAUUUAUACAAUUAAUACACGCAAUCAAUCGAUUGUAUCAAAAGUGCCUAAUGAAAGAUAUUGCAGUCGUUGCAAUAAGCCUUACAUGGUAGAUAAAUAUGGUAUUGCUGUGCAAAAAGAAAAUUGUAUUUAUCAUUGGGGACGUAAGUUUACUAUUCGUGGUGAGGGCAAAUAUAGUUGUUGUCAACAAUAUGGUUCAGCAUCUGGCUGUUCUGAUGCUAAAAAUCAUGUUUGGGAUAAAGUUGACUAUGAAAAUUUACGUGGUUACGUUCAAACAUUACCUAAAGAUAUCCCUACUGAGAAACAAAAGGUUUAUGCACUCGAUUGUGAAAUGAGUUACACGACACAGGGUUUAGAACUGACUCGAGUAACUGUUAUUAAUGAUGACUGUAAAACUAUAUAUGAAACACUCGUUAAACCCGAUAAUCCGAUUAUUGAUUAUAAUACAAGAUUCUCUGGAAUAACGGAAGAAAAUAUGAUGGGAGUAACAACAACACUUUUAGAUGUACAAGCAACAUUAUUAUCAAUGUUUUCUGAGAAAACAAUAUUGAUAGGUCAUAGUUUAGAGAGCGAUUUCAAAGCUCUUAAACUUAUUCACAAUACUGUCGUGGACACUAGUACAGUAUUUCCACAUAAAAAUGGUUAUCCACAGAAACGUGCAUUGAAAAAUUUAUGCUCCGAGUAUCUUCGUAAAAUAAUCCAAAAUGAUGUCGGAGGUCACGAUUCCAGUGAAGAUGCAAUUGCUUGUAUGGAAUUAAUGCAGUGGAAAGUUAAAGAAGAAGCUAAAUUACAAUAAAAAUAAAUAAAUUAUGAA